AUGAGAACUCUUAAACAGGCCUAUCGAGGGAAAUUCUCUAGGCCAACUAUUAUACCUGGGAGUUCCCACACAGCUGGCACUCCUGAAACAGGAUCCAGACCAGGCGCCACUGCAUUGCCACCAGGCCAAGCAACUGGGAGUGUGACAGGCACCACUGGGCCCGCUUUUGGCACAACUGUUGCACCUGGCAGUUCCAACACAGAAGCCACAACUUCCACAGGAGGCAGUAAGGCUACGCAGGGAAGGUUGCCAGGAGGUACCACUGAAGAGUUUUCUGGAACAACUGUUACAUCUGGAGGCUUUAACACAGGUACCACUAGGGUAACUUCUGGCACUCCACUUGAACCUGGGAGUUCAAACACAGAAGCUACAACACUCCCUAGAGGCAGUGGAACUACAGGAAGCAAUACAGGUUCUACUGGAGUGGCUCCUGGCAGUACCAUCUCAUCUGGAAGUUCCAACACAGGAGCCACCACUGGCACAUCUGAGAGGUCAAGUCCUGGAAGUAAAACAGGAACCACUGGUGUAGUCUCUGGUACAACAGUUGCACCUGGAAGUUCCAACACAGGGGCCACAACUUCUUUGGAAAGUGGUGGAACCACUGAGGGUGAAAUGAAAAUAGUUACCACUGAGGUCUCUACUGGCACAACAACUGCACCUGGGAGUUCCAACGCAAAGACUACAACUUCUACAGAAGUUGAAACUACCACUGGAGUUGGAAUGGUAACUGGUACUACUACAGGGUCUGCUGGAGUUUCCAGGGGCCCAGGGAAUUCUAGUCCUGGUUAGUAGAUA